AUGGGAUUAGAGCCUUUAAAUACAAGAGGAUUAGGUUUAGGGUCAAAGGAAGUCAAGGGGGAAGCAACAUUUUUCGGGUUUGACUUUGACUUCCAGCUCGAUCGAGUUGAAGCUUGGCCGGUCGAGUUGAGGAACUCGACCGGUUGGUCGAGUGGACGGUCGAGCUGGUCUUCAAGAUGGCUUCUCCCUUCUUCCUUUGCGUAUCCAGUUGAGCUGCUUCCAUGUGCCAAGUCCCUCCAUGCUCCUCAUGUCCCAUAUGCUCCAGAAUGCUCCAAAAGACCUAUUUCAAAGGACCAAACAUGCAUAUGUAUGCAAAUGCAACCUAAAACUAACAUGAAUGCAUAA